AUGCCAGAUACAGCUACAACUAAUCAACUUCCCUUACGUACAACAACAAGUAGUCGUUGGCCAAGAAAAUGGGCAACAAUUGGUGGACGUGGUACAUCAUCAUCAUCAAUAACAAUGAUUCCAACAAAGGAUUCGAAUUUAAAUGACAAUACUUCAAAAAAAACUAAUAAUAAUAAUCAUCAUCAUUCAACAUCUUUAUUACGUCAAUCAUCAACAAUAAAUCGAACAAAUGAUAGACCAAUAACAUUUAAUGAAAAUUCUGAUCAAUCAUUAAAAAAAUCUCGUUCAUUAAUGGAUGUAUUACGUUCAAAAUUAAAUUCUCCAGCUGUACUUCGUCGUUUUCGUUCAAAAUCACGUGAAAGUACAAAGCAAUCUGUUACAGAAAUCAAUGGACAUACAACAACAACAAAUGAACAAACAGAAAUAAAACAAUCAAAUAAUGAACAAACAACAACAACAACAAGAAAAUCAAGAAAACGUGAUCCAUCACCAAUAAAACGUUUUACUAAUCGUCUUUCACAAUUAACACGACAUCAAAGAACAAAAUCAAAUGAAAGACAACAACAAUCACCGUCAAAAUCAAUAAUAAAUGAUUCAAAUAAUAAUAAUAAUAAUAAUGAACCAGAACAAUCUGCAACACCAAUACAUAAUCAAGAUAAAAUUGAUCAUAUAAAUGCAUGUUAUGAUGAAAUUCGUGCUAAAUAUUUUAAUGAUAAUGAUAUAAAAAAACCAAGUACAUCAAAUAAUGAAAACGAUUCAUCAUUUAAUAAUGAUUUUUUAAAUAAUUUUCAACAUACUACGUUACCAUUACCAUCUGAUGAUCCAUUACUUCAAGCACGUAAACAAUCAAAUAUCAAAUUAAAUUGUAUGUUAAGUGGUUAUACAUUAACAAAAUCAUUUGCUAAUCAUGAAAAACUAUUUGAUCAAAAUGAUUUAUUUAAAUAUAAUCAUUAUUAUGAUGUUGGAAAAAGAAAAUAUGAUUGGAAUUUUACAAAUAAUAAUAAUAGAAUAUUUUCUAGUAUGAGAACAAAACCAAUUAGUAAAAGUAUUGAUAGUUUUAGACAUAUGAAUACAAAUGAAAACCAAGUAUCAGUAACAUUGGAAAAAGUUAAUGUUAUUAAUAAUGAUUCAUUAGUUCAAAGAGAAAAUAAUGAAAAUAUUACACGAAUAUUACCCGAUGACAAUGAACUUGUCAUUCGUGAAGACAAUGAUUUAAUAGAUUCAGAAAAAAACAUAUUACAUAAUUUAUCAAAUGUUCAUGUAACAUCAACUAUUCCAAUUAAUGUGAAAACAUAUGUUUCAACAUCUUCAAAUCAAUCUGAUAAGAAUGAAAUAAUUUCAAAUGAACAUUCUAUGGAAGAAAACGAUGAAGAAUUUGAACGAAAUUUUUUACGUGCAGUUAAUCGAGCACUUGGUGUUGUUAAUAAAGAUAAAAAUGAAUUAACACAAACAAUUUAUGAUAUACCAAAAGAAACAGACGAAUCUCAUUUGAAUCUUAUUCAAAUGACUGAACAAGCACUUUCAUCACUAAAUAAUUCAACAUUAUUUACGAAUGAUGAUGAAAAAGCCGAACAAGUAGAUAAUAGUAUAGAAUUAACAAAAGCUGAGUUAGUUGAUCGUACUAAUGAAUCUUCAAAUAUAGAAGAAAUAUCAACGAUUACUAAUGAAAAUCAACAAGAAAUAAAUAAUGAUAAUUUUAUUAAUGAUGAACAUAUCUUGUCAGUUAUUGAUGAUUUAAUACGAAAAACUGAAGAUUUAUUAUUUGAAGAAUCGAAGAAUGGCCGGACAUUUUUGGUCAAAUUGGAUGAUGAAGAAAAAAUAAUUAAAUCAAAAGCAGAUGCUUAUAAUAAAUUACUUCAAACAGAUGAUAAUCGAUUAAAUGAAGAUGUUCGUACUGAUAUUAAUGCUGUUAUUGGUGAAGUUAAUUUAUUAUUAAGAGGCAAACUUAAACAGUUUCGGGGUUUAUGCGAAAGAAAUACGACUGGUGGACCAAUACCACUUGACAGCGAUCUCGAAGGUUUCUGGGAUAUAACAUAUCCACUUAUUGAUAAAGUUAAAGAAAAAUUUGCUAAACUUGAUGCACGUAAAGCUAAACAAUGGGCUCCAAUUGAAGAAUAUGACCCUAAUGAUGUUAAUAAUCGUCCUCGUGUAAUCGAUGAUCGUCUUAAACAACUUCAACCUCAACAAAACAAAUCAUCAAAAAAUCCGACAACAAAAGCACCAAAUGAAGAUUUGAAAAAAUUAAUUCAAGAACGACGAAAAGCUGCUGCUAAUGCAACAAAUCAAAACCAUGAUAUUGAAAUAUUCGUCGCACAUAAAUAA